AACAAAUGAUGCUAAUCUGGAAGAGUUAAACAAAGAUGAUGAAAAAAUUCUGAAAGGCGGUGCCGGAGGAAUGGAUAGAGGAGCAAUGGAGGAUACAAUGGACAAAGAAUCUAUUUCAAAUCCGAACGUUGUGAAUGAGAACGAUGAGAAUAUGAAAGAGGAUGGCUCAACAGCAGAGAUAGAUGGCGAAGGAAAAAAUGGCUGUGGAAAAGCAGAAGAUGAUGAUAUUCGAAACGAAAAGUUAGAAAAUAUGAAGGAAGAUGAUAAGGAAUCCAAGAAAGAGAAGAAAUUGGCUGAUGAUAUUGCUGACGUCACCAUACAAGAAACUCUUCCAAACGAAGGUAAGCAAGACGAUGAAGAAGGAUCCGAAUUUGGACAUUUUGAUGGAAAUAGCAGCAGUUUACGCGAACAAAUAGUGAUCGAUAAAAGUUCGGUAGAGGAAGCAAGGAUUUCAAAAGGAAAUAGGGAUCAGCUAAAGGAUUUGAAGAAUAUAAGUGUAAAUCAGGAUGAUGAAGAAAUGAUGGAAGAUGAUAGUACUAGUGAUAAGCAAGAAGUGGAUGAGGACGAUUUAACUGAUGCUAGUAUCUGGAAUUCCGAUUUCCAAAACUCUAUUAUCCAUUCAACAACAGAUUUUUAUCAUUUGAUGGAGCGGUCAGCUUCGACGAUCACUUCGUUGGAUACAGAGGAAGUCGGUUCAUCGAACGUUGAUGCAGAAGAUCGCUGGAAUAGAAUUUCUAAUUCGAUUUCUGUUUUAGCAGCUGAGCUUUCGGAAAAUCUGCGAAUGAUUAUUGAGCCAACAGUGGCUUCCAGAUUUGAAGGUGACUAUCGAACAGGUAAAAGACUCAAUAUGCGUCGUUUGAUUGCAUAUAUUGCUAGCGGCUAUAGGAAAGAUAAAAUUUGGUUACGUCGUACGAAAAAGGCUCAGCACAAUUAUCAAAUUCUAAUCGCUGUUGACGACUCAUCUUCUAUGCACGAUAACCAGAUUAAAUUAAAAGCUUGUCAAAGUGUUGCUAUGAUUGAAAGUGGACUACGAAGACUUGAAAUAGGACAGUUGGCAAUCUGUAAAUUUGGUGGUUCGGUGAAAAUGAUUUCCGACUUUGGUGAUUAUGGUGGCAGUGGUUUGGGUGGAAAAUUAAUAAAUGAAUUGAAUUUUGGUCAAGAUCGAACUGACUUGGUCAAUUUGUUGAAGUGUAGUAGGCAGAUCUUUGAGCAAGCUAGUAGCCGCGAAAGGAACAACCAGAUGUUGAUCAUUGUUUCGGACGGCAGAGGAGUGCUGGCGGAUGGUGCCGAAGCAGUGAAAAAAGCUCUAGCCGAAUUAUAUGCUGACCAGAUUACAGUACUUUUUGUGGCAAUCGAUAAUGGUGAAAAGUCAAUCGUGGACAUGAAAGUAGCUGAAUUUACAGCAGAUGGAAAUGUGAAUCUCAUUCCAUAUUUGCAGAAAUUUCCGUUUCCGUUUUAUGUGGUUGUUGGGCAUGUCGCUAUGCUGCCAGCUACAAUUGGUGAUGCGGUUAGGCAGUGGUUUGAACUCACUGCGCGUGAUUCAUGAUUUUUUUUGUUAUCGAAUUAGACAUUUGUUCCUGACUGAGAUAUUUGUAUUUAUGAGGGAUUUUAUAAGAUAGAAAAGGA